GUAUAUUGUCCAUAAAUAAAAAAAUAACUUAGCUUGUCAUUAAUUUUUUUAAUUCAUCGUAAUUUCAUUUCAAAUUCAAACUGAACAACAAAGACUGGAGUCGAAGUCGACCUGCUUUUAACGACUCCAGGUCCGACUCCUUUUACCUCAAAAUCUGCCCGACUCAUCCGACCCGCAGCCCUGGUUAAAACACACCUUAACGCCUUUUCUUGUGCAUUACUUAUGAUUUUAGUUUUUCCAUGUCAACGUGAUUUUGAGAACAUGAUUCGGUUAAAAGUAAAGAUUACGGCUUGUAUAAACUUUUUGUGUGAAUAUUAACAGCGUAACUUUACCAUUUACCUAUACGGUCUUCCUUAAUGUCUGAAACUACGAAACACAACAAUGACAACUUGAUUUCAAAGUCAAAUUCUCUGAUCUCGUUUUCUUGGGAAAAUUUUAAGAAAUUUCCUCCAUCAACUAAACCAGUACAGGAUUUACGUGUAAGCUACACAAUCUGUAGCUUAGAACCCGCUCUUUCUUGCCCCGCCCAAACCCCUCUAGGUAUCCGAAAAUCAUAAUUGGCACUGAUAUAUAAUAUCUGGACCUAUAAAGGGCCCCAUAUCUCAAAUAGUUUAGGGCCUUAUCAAGUCUAAAUCCGGCCCUGAAGUAAACUUUAAGGUUUGGUUUCUCUCUCUUUUUCCUUCUUCAUACUUUCCACAAAAAUUACCAGCUUGCUAAAAUUUCAAGCUACUCUCUCAUCAGCUGGGCACAAAGUUUAACGAAAUGACUAAUAGCAGGGAUCACAAAAAGCGAUUAAACUUUAAAUACUGCAUUGUUGGACAUUGGAUUCGUAUUCCAAUAAGCAAGCUGAACUGAACUGAAACCUUCAGCUGAACUGAAACUAUAACGUUGGAGGAAUAGAGUCGAUUCUGAUCUGAAACCUUAGCGAAUGAAGGAACACCUUCAGCGAAUGAAUGAAAUUGGUUAUCGAUCUUUAUGUAAAAAAUAGCGCUAAUUAUUCGUCACUCUUCAGUGUAGCAUGGCUAGUUGUAUCAAAGUCCAAAGGCGACCUGACCAUACCUUUAGAGAUAUUUACUUUUUAUAUUUUCUAAUAUUUAGUAAUUUUUAUACAAACUGUAUAAUAGUCUUUUUCGUUCACAAGUGCAUAUGAAAUAUAUUUUGACUGAAGAAAUGAGUUUUCCUAUUGAUUUCAAAGUGUCUCUCUGAUCUGAAUUCUUGCUUGCUAUCUCUGUGGUGAUCAGAGCUCAGAGUAAUUUUUAAAAUUUUCAUAUUAAAUAUUUUUCUCCUUUUUUAAGCACAAUUUAACUAUUCAGCAAUAUGCAAUUGAAAAUUAGAAGAGAAUUGCUUAAUUAGGCAAUAAAGCAGAUGCUGAAGUUUACAUAAAACGAUAUAUCAUGCUUGCUUGUUUUCUUUCUUUCUUCUUCUUUUUUUUUUUUUUUUUUUUUUUUUUUUGUUCAGGUGGCAUAUCAUUGGUUCAGUUUUUCUCGCAAUGUUAUUGGCGAUGUUUCAGUGUCCUUUAAAAUUUCAUGUUUCGGUUUCGCACAUCUUUCCGACCGGAGUGGCAACGUGUGAUUUAAUAAACAUGUAGUUCGAUUUUGAGAAAAAUUGACGUGUAAAGGGUUCUUUCAUUUUAAUUUAUUGUAGAAGAAUAUAUCAGCUGUGACACCUGCAAGAAUAUUUAAUUCUAAAGGGUAAGCGCAAACUCACAUUCAACAGUAUCUGCAUUUGUGGACUAAUUUGUGUGAAAGUAUUUGAAUUUAGUAAAGCGAGAUCAAGAAAUGAAGUAUUGCAUUUAACUGUAUACCAAUUUUCCAGACUAAGUCGUGUGACUCCCUGCAUGUCCUUCUACUAAUAUGCUUGUCAAAACCCUGUUUAUGGAAUGAAAGUAACUCCAUUUGAUAAAAGUCCUGUCACUGUACACACCAUUUGUACUAAUGAAUCUUCUGAUUCAUCACAGUGUCACCGUCGAAAGUCUACGAGUAUGUCCAGUGUGAAGGAUAUUGAGCAAGAAGGGUUUACUUUUAGGCAGAGAAAAAUGGUUCCACGAGUGUUAUGUGAUGGUGAACAUGUGGUCAUGGAACAUGAUGCUGGUGAUCGUGGGAUUAAAGAGCAAUCAGAAUCAGCUAAUUAUAUUAAAAAUGAUACAACUGAUGUCAUAGAUGCAUUAAUACCAGAUGCUUUUGACAAAGAUAAAAUAGUGUCGUGGAAUUUUGAAAGUGAUCAAGUUGUCAAUGAUACUGAAAGCAGACGGUCUCUUAUAGAAGAACAAGUUAUAAUACCAGACACUAAAGAAACUAUGUUAUCCAUAGCUUUACAAGUAUUUGUGCCUUUUCUAAUAGCUGGUUUUGGAACUGUUGGUGCUGGAUUGGUUCUUGAUGUUGUUCAGCACUGGGAGGUUUUUAGAGUUGUAUCAGAAAUUUUUAUCCUUGUUCCUGCCCUUCUGGGUCUUAAAGGAAAUUUAGAAAUGACUCUAGCAUCUAGGUUAUCUACUCAGGCUAAUUUAGGUCACAUGGACACAUCUAAAGAACGGUGGAAAUUAGCAACAGGAAAUAUGGCUCUAAUUCAGUGUCAAGCUAUUGUUGUUGGCUUUCUGGCUUCCGUUUUUGCUAUGAUAAUGGGUUGGAUACCUGAAGGCCGUUUUAACAUGGGACAUGCAUUGCUUUUAUGUGCCUCCAGUUUAGUAACAGCUUCACUUGCCAGUUUUAUUUUAGGUUGUAUUAUGGUUGGAGUUGUUAUAUUCUCGAGGAAGUGCCAAAUUAAUCCUGAUAAUGUUGCAACUCCCAUUGCUGCAUCUCUGGGUGAUUUAACUACUCUGUCCCUUCUUGCUGGUAUAAGUUAUCUUCUGUAUGGCAAAUUAGAUUCUCCUGGUUUUGCAAUAACAAUAAUAUUAUUUUUCCUAUUACUCAUACCUCUCUGGGUAGCUGUUGCUCGACGCAAUAGAUUCACUCGGGAAGUUUUACACUCAGGGUGGACGCCUGUUAUUUCUGCAAUGGCUAUAUCAAG